AUGUUUGAACAAUAAUUUAUGGAACAUCGUAAAUCAAAAUAGGAGUAAGUAGUAAAUACAAAAUCUCGACAUUUAAUUGUUAUGAAUUAAUUAAAGAAGAAAGUAUUGAUUAUUUGAUGAUUCAUUUAGGAAGAAAAUUGGAAUAAUAGAUUUUAUGUUUAAAAUUAAAAUAAAAAUGAAUCCGUAGAAAAAUAGAAACCAAAGUAAAUUAAUAAUACAUCUAAAUUAAUUGAAGUUUAAGAUUAUUAUAAUAUACCUGAGUUUCAUAGGUAAUAUGAAUAUACAUAUUAUUUAGAUAGUUAUUUUUGAUGUGUUUGCAAACAUUACCAAAAAAUAAUUAAGCAAUUUAAUUUGAAAUAGAAGAAAUGUAAUAAAAGAAAUCUCAUAUAUAAGUAUUAUAUAAAUAAUAAAUAAGCUUUGUAUGUAAGCUGUUGAAUCUAGAGAAAAAUGUUUAGCAUUUUUAAUUAAUCAUAUCUAAUAAUUAUAGGAUUAUCCUGGAGAUGAAUAACUAUUACAAAAAAGUGCUGAAUUAAUAACACAUUUAAGGAUUCUUUCAAUUAAUGUAGUAGAACAAAUUUUAGGUUGGAGAUAAUAUCUAAUGAAAUUCUUAGUAAAUAUUCAUUCCCAUGAGAGUAUUUCUCUUCCAUAUUUAUACUUAAGAGAAAAUUAUUUGAUUAAGGUAUAAAUAUCAUAUUAAUUUUUUAGAUGAGAAAAGAUAUUUAAUACAUAACAAAUUCAAUACUAUCAAAUUAUUAUCAAUUUUCAAUUAAACCAGAUCCAUUCUUUGUUGCUAUAACUAAACCAGCUGAUGAUCCUAAUAAAAUUGUUUAAUUCAUAUCCAAACCUUUAUUAAAAAGAAUUAAAAAUUGUGAAAUAAUAAUAUAAGAAGAAGUUUAAUCAAUUAUUAAAGAUGAUAAAUCAAUACACAAUCAAGCUAAUUCAAAAGAUCAAAUUAAAAUGAGUCCAGAAAAACCAAUUCAUCCAGGACGUAUAAGACCUCCAAAAAGAUAAGAAUAAAGUUAAAAUUAAAAAGUAAUUUAUGUUUUAAAUCAUUUUUAGAGAAUAAUUUAUAAAUAGCAUGAUUAAAAUGAAAUUAUUAAUUCAAUUCCAAAAAGUAUUCCAACUAGAUAACCAAAUAAAUAAGGAAGUGCUACACCUUAAAAAUAAAAUUCAGUUAAAGUAACACCAAAUGAUUCUAAUAAUAAAUAAUAAGCAUAAAUAAGUAUUCCAUUAUCUGAAUAAAAAUAAUAACAUUCAAUUAAUACAGCUGGACCUAUAGUUGAUUAAUCACAUGGAAUUACUGAAGAUGAUGAUACAUUAAAAGUUAUAAAAUGUAAACUUAAUGAUGAAAAAGUUAUUGAUCAUUUAAAUAAUAUUAAUGAAGAUUUUAAAAAGUCAUGGAGAGGAGAAUUUUAAUUAAUGCAAAAUUAAUAUGAUUAAUAAGAUGAUAGUUUUUGUUUAGGAAUAUAUUAAAAAUCAUAAUUAUUAGCAUUAGGAUAAUGUUAUUUAGAUUAAUCUUUAUAAGAAAGAAGAUUAGUAUUAAGUCACUUUUCAACAAUAGAUCCAUUAUAAUUUUAAGAAUUACUCAAAAUUAUUAUUUAAUUUAUUUGGGAAAUUGAUCCUUGUUAAGAAAUUAGAAUGUCUUUAUAUCAUUAUAAUUAGAAUGAUUCAUUUUAAGCUAAUAAAGAAAUUACAACUAAAUUAAAAGAAUUAGGAUUCAAAUGGAAAGUUGUUUAAAGUGUUAAUUCUGAAACCAGAUUUACUGUAAUGGGUAUAAUAUAAUAUUAUCUUAGGCAUUAGAAGACCAUCUGAUAUAGAUUAACCAAAAUAAUUCGAUCCUAUAUUUUUAUAACAUCUUUACCUUACCUGUGAUAACAAUACAAUAUAAAACACAGAUGCAUUUACUUCUUUAUAUUGUUUGACAACUUUGAAUACAAAAAUAGAUUUAGAUAAUGAAAUAAUUAAUUAGCAUAAAGAUAAUCUUAUAAAGACUGUAUAAUAAUAUUGAGAAUUAAAUAGGAAUUUGGAUUUAAGGGAAUUAAAUUACAAGAACAUUCAAGUGAUGACUUUAAUGCCUACAUUAAAUAAUAUUUUGAAGGUUUUGAAUAACUCAAUCUAUCCAAUUCUGAAGUUUCACUUUCAUCAGAUAAAGUUAUUAGUAGUUUUUGUAAAGAAUGUUAUAGAUGGGCAAAAUGUAAAUUAGCAUAACAUUAAAGACUCAUUUAUAAUGGGUUUCUAAGUGUUUCUAAUGUUGAUAAUGCAAAGGUUUUCAUGUCUGAAUCAGGAAAUAUUAAAGUUUAUUUGAUAUCCUCUGAUUAAAGUAGUACAAGUAUUUUUGUAUUUGAAUGUAAAUUAUCAAAAUUUAUAUUAGAUAAUGAUGAUAUAACAUUAUAAUAAGUUUAAUCUAUUUUAAAUUAAUGUGGAGUAUAAGUACCAAUAGAUUAAAAUCUUUAUAUUCCAUAAUUCAUUGUGAACACUAAAGUUAAAUUUUCAGAUAAUGUAAUUGGAUUAGGCAGAUUUAGUACUGCUUAUAGACCAAAAAUGGUUGAUAUCUAAAAUGCCUAAGGUUAUAUUAUUAAACCUCCAUUUAUAUUUGGUAAUUAUUAAUAUAAUAAAUUUAGGGAUUUUAAAUGAGGAUUUCAAUGAAAUUACAGGAAUGCCUAAUUUAUUCUUUAAAGUUUAAGAUACUCACUGCAUUUAACUAUGA